AUGUCUCCCUCUCAUCUCGUCGGCACUCUUACUUGGUGGGGGACUGAUUCCUACUUCUUUCGCGGUGAGGUUUGGGCCGCUGGCGCCGAGAGUGAAUUGGUGAAGACUCUGUCGGCUGCCGCAACACUACUCCCAUCAAAGCUCGCCUCCUCGAGCUCCCCCAUCUACCUCACAUACACGACAUCCCAACCUCGAGUUCUUCGCCUCUGA